AAUACUUUUGCAAUCCUCUCACGAUUGCGUUUCUCUUGAGUGUUCUGUCGCUCUCAAAUCGAUUUUCGCUCCCCAGUUGUUGCCAUCGUAUUUUCGCUAAUUUGGUUUGCCCUACUGUCAAGCGGCAACAGCUCCGCCGAAUCCCACCCAUCGAAGAUCUGCCAUCCUCUUGCAAACCCUAUUUUCUGCCAUCCUCUUGCCAUCGUCUCACGAUUUUCGCUCCAAUUGCAAACCCUAAUAAUGCCGUCAAGCGGCAGCUCCUACGGUUUCAGCUUUAGAGUGUGGGAUUUUCGAAGAAUCGAAGAUCUCUCCGACUCGCGCCCACACGCGCCGGAUGAGGUUCCCAUCCAAUUUCGCGCGACUGAGGUCCUUAAAAUAAAGAAAUCCAUCAUCGGCAAUGACGAUCGUCAGGUGUCCGUCGCACAAGCGCGAUCUCGCACGCGAUCAAAAACCUUCUGGGUCCCCAAACGCGUGGCUCUGUUGUGCGAUGGUGGCGCGCGCAUGCUAUCCUUGCUUUCGGACGUGGGUGCCCCCGCAGAGCAUCAGGAAGCGGUAGCGCGAGAUAUCUCAUCGGCCGCCGCGGCUCGAUCUGUCGGGAUGGGAACGUCGCCGAUCGCGGUAACCUUUCAACACACCACGCUUGUGGUUGUGGAUGAUGUGAAUGAUGAUGAUGAAGAGUACGAUGAGAUGGAUAUGGGUUUGAGGGAGUCCAUGGCGGUAGAUGUGGCGAGGCCCAUCCCGGCCACUCGAUCUGCGAUUGAGGGAUUGAAGAAGGUAACCUUUGAAGAAGAUGGGCUUCGGUCGAUCGGAGAAUGCAUAAUUUGCACAGAGGAAUUUCAGGGUGGGCUCGAACUCACGCGGCUGCCGUGCUCCCAUGUCUAUCAUGGAGAUUGCAUUGUCAAGUGGCUGGAGAAGAGUCAUCGCUGUCCCCUCUGCCGCUACCCAUUGCCCUAUGUUCGGUUGAUUUUUGGUUGUCCAUAUAGCUAUAUAUUCAUAGAUCCAAGAAGCUAUAAGAGUAGUUUCAAAUGCAUAGCCAAGAAUUCAAGUAGUGAGGCUGUUGCGAAAAGCAAACACGUAGCCAAGAAUUCAAGUGUUGAGGCUUUUGCGAAAAGCAAACGUGAAGGUCUUUAUAUGACAAACGUGGCAAAUGGACAGGCUUUAAUCCCAAGAAGUUGUCUAGGCAACGAUGUGGCUCUUUAAGAGGACGAGGAUGGAAAUAUGGAUCUGGUUUUGUUGAUGAAAUUUUUCCAGUACUGAGCCCCAUUGCUCAGUAAAUUUUGCAGUUUGCACAGAAUAACCUGGAUCCAAUAAACUCCAGGGUUCUCUCGACACUCUCCCAAUCUCUCAUACCACUUGGGAUGCUGUCAUCAAUGUAGUUCAACUUCAUCUCGGUAAACAAUAUGAUUCAAUUGUGUUGGUGAGAAUUUAGUACCUCUUUCUUAUUUUAUUUUGUUUUUCUAAUUCCUGACACAAAGACCCAGAAAGAAUUUAUCUGUAGUUGAUUUUUUUUGUUUCUUUGGCUUUGGUUUUAGUUGAAUUUUAAAAGGCUAAGUAUUUGAAUUCUUCAAACUGCUUAUAGAAUGGAGUUGAUAAUAUUUCUUUCGCACCAAUAACUUUGUCAUUUUACUUGGUUUCUGUUAGCUCUCUAUACUAGCUCAACAUUGUCAAUCCUGGUAUUUUCAAUAAAUCCACAUUGGAAUCUUCAUGUUUUUCCGAUUCAAUAUUUGUUCAUAAGAUCCUGUAUAAAGCAAACUUAGCAAUUGCAUUUUCAUAACUAAACUUAGCACACCCGCCCUUUUUCUUGCUAUCUAUACUUACAUUUGACUUUAAUUGACUUUUUUUACUGUAAAAUUAUGAACAUAUUACCAGAUCUAUGAAUGGGUUUUGCACAAGACUACCUUCAAACCAAAUGUUAUCUGCUACAAUUUGCUUAUAGAUGCUUACAGGAAGAAAUCACCGUAUAAGGAUACAGAAUCUGCAUAUUUAGAACUUAUUGAAAGCUGGUGCAUCCCUACUGAAGAUACUUAUGCCCUUCUUCUCAAGGCUUACUGCACAUCUGUGCUGCUAGAGAAAGCCGUAUUUGCUGAAAUGCGAAAAUUUGGCCUUCCCCCAAGUUAGUCUCUGUGUGAACUUAUAGCUGUUUAUAUUUGGAGAAAAUUUGUUAUAAAUUUUCAACAACCUUGAGAAUUCAAUUAUUGAGUUCAUGAUCUUUUUUUGUUUUUAUCUAUGCAGCCUGUAUUCUUUUAGCAUAAUAAGUACAACUAUAAGAAGGCUCUCAAAGGGGCAAUAUCCUUAAAAUCUCAGAAAUUCUUCAACUUAUUUCAGAAUAACAAUGUAUGCUGCUUCUUUGUCAUGAGUAAUUUCAGAGUGGCGACAUAAGCUUCUUCCUAUUCCUCUUUAAUUGCCUGCUUUCUGCCAAAAAUCUCAAUCUAUUAUACUGUAUACCCUCAUUGACUUCUGAUUUUCUAAUGGUUCUUAGUCCUUAAUGAUUCUCUAGUCGUGACCUUUUUAAAUUGUGUUGCUAAAUUAAUUCUCUUGUGCAUUGCUUUUGGCAGAGGGAACUGGAUUGAGAGGUAUAUUUGAGAGGUAUUUUGUCCUUUCACUUUAAGGGGGCAAAAGUACAUUUUAAAGAUAACGAACUUGAUAUUUUCCGGUCUAAAUCAACUGGAGAAUAUCCUAAUGUUUUGCAGAGUACUAAUCCCAGCUGAGAUUGAUGAUUAUUUACCUGAAGUGAAGUAGCUUGCUGGUUGCUAUUGUCAGAUAGCUUUGAAGAGAGAUUAUUUAUCAAAUUUAUGUUGCAUUUACUGAUCAAUUUGAUGUACACUAAUUUGUUGUGAAUUGGUAGACCAAUUUGAUGUACAUCAAUUGAAUUGUGCAUUUGCAAGCUUAAUCAUUUUCUUUGUAUUAAAAUAAUUC